AGCAUGGAUCUGGCAAUACUGCUGACUGAAUCUUCUGAGCUACGGGGUUGGGAGAGGACUCCGGGGAAGGGCCACAGGACACUCACCCAAAAGAAACAGGACCCUGGAAGUGGUGGCUGUCACCCACCCAGCCUGGUAUCAGGAAUGCUGGCUGAGUGCACCACCCAAGAAACAAGUUCCAAGUCCGGGCUUGUCUGGUGACCCUCUUCGAGCCUUCCGCUUCUCUUAUGAGCUUGGCUGAAAAGCCUUGUGUCCCCCGCCCCAGACUGGAAAAAUUGAAUCACUCUCGGAACGAAGAACUCCGCACCUCUGUCGCCCUCCAGUGGUUAUGAGGCGCAAGCACAAAGAACGGCCUCCUAGCCCCACCCCUCCCUGGAAACCAGGCGUCAGCAGAGCGCAAGCACCACAUGCCCAAGCCGGAAACAGGAAGAGAGACUUGCUUUCUAGUCCGGUCGGAGCAGGAGCUUAUAGGAGCUUUUGGGGGCGUGGCCAACCGGUCAGCCCAAUAGGUGACUGGGGGCGUGACAGGGUCUCCUGGGGGGGUCCAAUGGAGCUGCGGGAGGCGGGGCUCGCCGCGCCGUAGGAGCCUAUCAGGGCUCCGGGUCUUGCCAUGCGGCCGGAGUUUAGCUGCCAUGUGAGUUCUCCCUCAGCCGCAGCAGCGCCCUGAUGAGCAUGUCCAGCGCCGUGGCAACUCGUAAGCGGGCAAAGCCGGCCCCCGGGCCCGGGGCCGCUGCGGGGGCCGGCAAGCGGCGGCGAAAGGUCGACUCUGCAGGGGACAGAGGCAAAUCCAAGGGUGGCGGCAAGAUGAAUGAAGAGAUUUCCAGUGAUUCUGAGACUGAGAGCUUGGCUCCAAGGAAAACAGAGGAAGAGGAGGAGGAGGAGCUAGAGGAGACUGCGCAGGAGAAGAAGCUACGUUUGGCCAAACUCUACCUUGAACAGCUUAGGCAGCAAGAGGAGGAGAAGGCUGAAGCUCGUGAAUUUGAGGAGGAUCAAGUGGCGGGACGCUUAAAAGAAGACGUGCUCGAGCAGAGAGGCAGGUUACAGAAGUCGGUGGCAAAGGAGAUCCAGGCCCCGGCUCCCACCGACAUUCGAGUUUUACGGGGCCACCAGCUCUCCAUCACAUGCUUGGUUAUCACUCCCGACGACCUGGCCAUCUUCUCCGCCGCCAAAGACUGCACCAUCAUUAAGUGGAGUGUAGAGACUGGGCGGAAGCUGCAUGUGAUUCCUCGAGCCAAGAAGGGUACCCAGGGGCAGCCUCCAGGCCACAGCAGCCACAUCCUCUGCAUGGCCAUCUCCUCUGAUGGCAAGUACCUUGCCUCUGGUGACCGAAGCAAACUCAUUCUAAUUUGGGAGGCCCAGAGCUGCCAGCACCUGUACACCUUCACAGGACAUCGGGACGCUGUGUCGGGACUGGCCUUCCGAAGAGGUACCCACCAGCUUUAUAGCACUUCCCAUGACCGCUCAGUGAAGGUGUGGAACGCAGCUGAGAACUCCUAUGUGGAGACCCUCUUUGGGCACCAGGAUGCUGUGGCUGCAUUGGAUGCCCUGAGCCGAGAGUGCUGUGUGACAGCUGGGGGCCGGGAUGGGACUGUGCGUGUGUGGAAGAUCCCAGAGGAAUCCCAGCUUGUCUUCUAUGGCCACCAGGGCUCCAUUGACUGUAUCCAUCUGAUCAAUGAGGAGCACAUGGUGUCCGGUGCAGAUGAUGGCUCCGUGGCCUUGUGGGGCCUCUCCAAGAAACGGCCGCUUGCCCUACAGCGGGAAGCUCACGGACUGCAUGGGGAGCCAGGCCUGGAGCAGCCCUACUGGGUGUCAUCGGUGGCGGCCCUACUCAAUACAGACCUUGUGGCCACAGGCUCCCACAAUGCCUGUGUGCGGCUUUGGCAGUGUGGAGAGGGCUUCCGACAGCUUGACCCUCUUUGUGACAUCCCCCUGGUUGGUUUUAUCAACAGCCUCAAGUUCUCCAGUGCUGGGGACUUCUUGGUGGCCGGAGUGGGCCAGGAGCACAGGCUUGGCCGGUGGUGGAGGAUCAAAGAGGCUCGGAAUUCAGUCUGCAUCAUCCCUCUGCGCAAAGUCCCUGCAGCCCCUGUUGCUGGCUCCUGACACUUGUCCUUAUUUAAGUGCUUUCUAGACCCUGCCCCCCUUUUUGUAUUAAAGCCUCCUAUUUUAGA